GCGCUGUGGAAGUUGCGGCGGCCACGCAGUUCCGUGGUUCAGAGGAUCACCAGCAAGCUUUUGUCUUAGACGCGCUGCCCUGGAGAAUGGCUUUCCGUGCAGCUUACCUUCUCUUUGCAACUUCGGCUGUGGCAGUUCCAGAUGUCCCUGCCUCCGAGUGGUGUGCUUGGGUCCCGCCAAAUGCCUUGAAAUAUGUCAGUAACUGCAGCAACACGACUGCAAGUCUACCAGAAAUCAAGAAGGGCUGUGCCGAUUGGUGUCCCUGGGUGCCCGGGCCAUCGUGGAAAGAAGUCCCCCAUUGCCUGACCUGCAACGCGAGUAGCCCUCAGGGUGCAGUGGCUGAGACAGAGCCAAGAUCGGGCUUGAAGGUGAAGGUGGCAGCCCCUCUUUGGUGCCGUACCAUCCCACCGGGGAGCUUGCAAUAUGUGAGAGGCUGUGGACACAGCCCUGCCAUUGCUUCGAGUUCUCAAGGGCCCUGCCUUAGCUGGUGCCAGUGGGUGCCCGCACCUUCAUGGCAGUACACGGGUGACUGCCGAGGCUGCGGGACUCCGGGGGUUGCUAGUGGGCCCGCACCCGCACCGCCCACGCAUGCGCCGCAUGCGCCAGUCUCAGCACCCAACCCCAACGGGAAAUGCGACCAGUGGUGCGCCUAUGUCCCGAGCCCGUCGUGGCAGUACACCCCCGAUUGCCAUGGCUGCGCCAUGCAAGGUCCGGGGCCCGGGCAUGGUCCCGCUGCCACGCCGGGCGACUCCACGACUCACACGAGUUGUGCGAGCUGGUGCACUUGGGUGCCGACUCCUUCCUGGCGGGCGACCCCCGAAUGCCAUGGCUGCUCUGACGGUCCAAGACCCGUCCCUACACCCGCGCAGACUGGCAACGUAAGCUGCAUGAGCUGGUGCCAGUGGGUCCCAACUCCUUCCUGGAACCAGACUUUGAACUGUCGAAACUGCUCUUCUCUCUCGGAGCCGGAGGGAGCCACGGAGACUGUCGGGAAUGAGACUUGCCUGGGUUGGUGCCAGUGGGUGCCGAAGGCCUCGCGGAAGUACACGCCUGAAUGCCGUGGCUGCUCAGGAGUGCCUGCGGGUCCCAAGCCCGUCGGUCCUGCACUGGCCAACAUCAGCUGUGCGAAGCAUUGCAAGUGGGUGCCUCGCGCCUCCUGGCAGACCACUCCAGACUGCGGCAGCUGUUCUGGAAAUGUCUCUUCCCCUCUGCCAGCGGGCCCUACAGCACCGAUGAACGAGAGCAAUGCAACGAAUACAUCUUGUGUGGACUGGUGUCAGUGGGUCCCCACUGCUUCAUGGAACCACUCUCGCGGCUGCCAAGGCUGCUUUGGGCAAGAGCUGGACGGACCCUUUCUGCCACAGAGCGGGAGCAACGGAAGCUGUGUCGGAUGGUGCCAGUGGGUCCCGAAGGCUUCCUGGCAGUACACCCCCGACUGCGGCCUCUGCUCUGGCCGAGUCCCUUCCGUGAAGCCCGAGGGCACCGUCACCGCGACGCCCCAGAACGGCACCUGCGUGAACUGGUGCCGGUGGGUGCCCCACAUGUCCUGGCACUCGACUCCGGAUUGCCUCGGCUGCUCCGGCGCCUCGGAGCUCCGGCCCGACGGUCACCUCAGCCCGAGUCCCGUCGCAGAGUGUGCCAGCUGGUGCCAGUACAUGCCAGCCGCGUCACAGCAGUCGACGCCUCAGUGCCGUGGCUGCUCUCAGGCUCUCCUUUUCACCUCCAGCGUUCGCUGCCGGAGGAUUCCAAAGAAAUUGAAGAUGGCAGACUCGAAGGUAGGUUGGAAUGAUGGCCUGCUCAUCGUGUCCCUCAUGUACAUGUGCGUGGACAUCCAGUACGAGUGGGAGGGCUUCAGCAGCUGCAAGCGACCCAUCCACAAGUGGCUGCUCCUCAGCUACGGCCUGGUUGUCAUGUCCCGGGUCGUUCACGUCUCCGGGGCCUUGAUGUCCCAGAGCUCGCAGAGCGAGAGCGAGUUCAUGCUGAACCUGCGUCAGAAGAGCACCGUGGUGCGGCUGCUGCUGUCGCUGAUGUGGUUGGUCAUCCUCCCCGCCUUUACGAUCUGGUCGGUGGUCGGUACCGUGUGGGUCUACGAGGUGAUGACUUGCACCCCCGAGUGCCUUCCGGGUGGUGCUCACUUCUGGUUUCUGAUCGUUUGGCAGGCGCUGAGCUACUUCUGGAUCAUCGUCCACUGUGGCUUGGGUCUCGUCGCUUGGUACCUCGAGAGAAGGCUCCGCCGUGCCGAGGGCGACCUGAGGCAACUG